AUGCCCCCCGUUCGCUCACACAACUCGAGGCAAAGGAAGCCGCCGGCCGGCUUUGAGGACAUCAGAGACAACCUCGAGGUGUUCAACAUCAAGAUGAAGGACGCACAAAACACGCCGACAGCAAACAUCCCCAAGCAUCAGGCGCAGUGGCCUGUAUUCCAGAUCCACCACCAGCGCAGUCGCUACAUAUACGAGCUAUACUACGAGAAGGAAGCCAUCAGCAAGGAGCUGUAUGAAUGGCUCUUGAAGAAUGGUCAUGCCGACGCGAAGCUCAUCGCAAAGUGGAAGAAGCAGGGUUACGAGAAGUUGUGCUGCCUUCGAUGCGUGCAGACCAAGGAAACAAAUUUCAACUCAACGUGCAUAUGUCGCGUGCCCAAAGCACAGAUGAAGGACGAGACGAGCGAGGUACAAUGCGUUAGCUGUGGCUGCAGAGGUUGUGCUUCAAGCGAUUAA